GAGACGGUGUCGUUUCAAUGAGCUACCAGAGGAACUGGACAAGCUUUCCUUUUUUCUUUUUUUCUAUUGGACCCUCGAUAGAAGAAUAUGUAUCCAAGUCCUGCAGCUGCUCACAUCGUACGGCCAUUGUUUCCCUCCAAAGUCGGACUCAGUUUCAACAGCAAACAACAUAAAGUAAAGGGGUCCCAAAUGGAAGUAACCGGCACUGAUUCCGAUGGGCGUGAAUUCAAGAACGCAGAGGAGAUGUGGAGAGAACAAACUGGCGAUGGCACCAAGAAAACCCAAUGGUACCGGGAUGGUGUUUCUUACUGGCAAGGUGUGGAGGCAUCGGUGGAUGGAGUGUUAGGUGGCUAUGGACAAGUGAAUGAUGCUGAUAUUAAAGGCAGUGAAGCUUUUCUUCAAACCCUUUUCUCUGAACUCUUUGUUGAUGGUGGACUUGGCCGUCAUCUUGUUGCUCUUGAUUGUGGUUCUGGCAUUGGGAGAGUCACCAAGAAUCUUCUCAUACGAUAUUUCAAUGAGGUUGAUCUUCUUGAGCCAGUGUCACAUUUCCUAGAUGCUGCCCGUGAUAGUCUGAUUAAUGAAAAUCAUAUGGCUUCAGAUACACACAAGGCCACUAAUUUCUUUUGCACCCCACUUCAGGAAUUCACGCCAGAUGCAGGACAUUAUGAUGUUAUCUGGGUUCAGUGGUGUAUUGGGCAUCUCACUGAUGAUGAUUUCGUGUCGUUUUUUAUGAGAGCAAAGAUUGGCCUCAAACCUGGUGGAUUUUUUGUCCUGAAGGAGAAUGUUGCACGUAAUGGAUUUGUGUUGGACAAUGAAGAUCGAAGCAUUACCAGGUCCGAUUUGUAUUUCAAGGAGCUAUUUAGCCGGUGUGGAUUGCAUCUCUAUAAAUCAAAGGAACAGAGAGGAAUGCCCAAGGAACUCUUUGCUGUAAAGAUGUAUGCUCUACUGACUGAUAUGCCAAGAAAUAUCAGUAAGACAAGAUCCAAAACACAAGUCAAUAGGCCUGGCAUAAUCAUAUGAAGAACUGUCUCUGAUCUCUCAAUCUUCUAUGAUUAAAUGCUUUGCUUUUCCCGAUUGAAAAGAAGAUGUACAUCACAAUGCAGCCAUGCUAGUAUAGAUGGAACGUGUAGUUCACUUCAUUCUUAAUGAUCUUGUGUAGUUCACUUCAUUCUUAAUGACCUUGUUUUUCUCUAUCUCUCAUCCCAAAAGUUUCAACGGAGAACAGAAGAAAGCAAAAUGAACUGCCUACUCUUAUCCUCAAAAGAUACAUUGUAUUUCUUCUAAUCACUAACUUAUAAGAAAACAUGUAUCUACAGACGGGAAGAGUGAGCAUUGAGAAAAUAGCAUGUUUCUUCUUGUGAAAAUGAAUAUUCAUCAAAGAUUCUUGCAGCAUGUGCAUAUAAAUCGUUAGUUUAUUUGGA